GCAAAACGGAAUCGUUCUGUUAUGCGCAAUAACUGCGCAGCGUUAUUCGCCUCCAACACAGAGUCCUCAGUCUGCAUGUUCAUGGGUGUGCCGACGAAUGUUUAGUCUGAAGAUUCGUUCUGACUGAACCUCCUUGUAGACGCACAUCAGCCGUCAUGAGUUACGCGAUGUCCACUACAGUUGCAGUCGGUGUUGGAGUGCUGCUGGUCUCAACAGCAGGUCUGCUGGGUUAUUAUUACUUUAACAGGAAAAGGAAACCACAGAUUACCCUGAUUGAUCCCUCUGAAAAAUACAAACUGAGACUAGUAGACAAAGAGAUCAUAAGCCACGAUACCCGCAGGUUUCGGUUCGCCCUGCCCAGCCCAGAGCAUGUUUUGGGUUUACCUGUUGGCAAGCAUGUUUAUCUCUCUGCCAGGAUUGAUGGUAAUUUGAUUGUGCGUCCUUACACACCAGUGUCCAGCGACGAUGACAAAGGAUUCGUUGACCUCGUUGUGAAGAUUUAUUUUAAGAAUGUGCACCCAAAGUUCCCAGAAGGGGGAAAGAUGUCCCAGUACUUGGAGAGUUUGAGGAUCGGAGAUGUGAUUGACUUCAGAGGACCAGGAGGUUUGCUGGAGUACAAGGGGCAAGGUCGCUUCGCUAUACAGGCCGAUAAGAAGGCCCCUGCUGAGACUAAGACUGCAAGAACGUUGGGUCUUAUAGCUGGAGGAACAGGCAUUACGCCAGUGUUGCAGCUGAUUCGUGACGUCAUCAAAAACUCAAGUGACACGACGACAUGCAGCCUGCUGUUUGCCAACCAGACUGAGAAGGACAUUCUGCUGAAGGAUGAACUGGAGGAGAUUCAGGCGAGGCAUCCAGAUCGCUUCAAACUCUGGUUCACAGUGGACAGAGCUCCUGCAGAUUGGGAGUACAGUCAGGGCUUCAUCAAUGCUGAGAUGAUUCAGGAGCACCUGCCUCCACCCAGUGAUGACUCUAUGAUUCUUAUGUGCGGUCCACCUCCCAUGAUCCAGUUUGCUUGUAAUCCCAACCUGGACAAACUGGGCUACCGGCAGAGCCAACGCUUCGUAUAUUAGACCGUUCUCAAUGCUCAGGGCCCAGACACAAAUUACUCCAAAGAUACUAAGUUGCACACAAUCGUAUUUAAGCAAAUAUGGCAUUACAAAUCUGAUCACGUAUAGCAAAUAUCCUUUUUGUGGACAGUAUAUAUUAAAUAUUAAAUGCUUAAGUGCUAGUCUGUCCAGAGGUAAUUUAUUCUUCAUUUUAAAUGCCUAUACUUCUAUAAUACGAUACAGAGACUGUCUACUGUAUCAAUGACAAUUGUAGCUUGAUGUGCCUAAAAGCUCACAAUAAGAUGCUGAUACUACAAAAAAAAUUCCCAAUUUAAUGCACUUAAAAAGGCGCCAGCGUGUUACAACACCUGCUUGCUGAAUUUAAUGCUGAAUAUUAUAAUUAAUGUGCCUGUGAGAGGUGACUGGCAUUCAUGUUUGAUGUAUGUUAUGAGAUGCAU